AUGGAUUUCGACUCCCUACAGCCCUCUCCCGGCGGCAUCUACUUUGACUCGUCCGACGCGACCGUCGACGCGACGGCGAAGCUCGUCAACCUCACGCACAUCACCAAGCCGUGGACCCGGGAUGCGUGGGAGCGUGCAAAGCCAUGGAUCCUCGAGCAGCGACAGAAGCUCGAAAGCAACGGCUGGUCCAACGCCGAUGGCGCUAGGACGGAGCUCUUUGUGCUCAAGAAGAACGCCCCUCCGGGCUCAUUCACCGAGGAUGGCUCCAUCUACAUCAGAGUCCCCAAGAAGUUCAUCGAUUUCAACCGAUCCGGCAAGACCGCUGGCGGUGACGAUGCUCCUGCCGCUGGAGCCGACGAGGGCGCCGCCGAUGGCGAAGAAGGCGCGAAGAAGAAGAAGACCUCGAGGAUCUCCAAGAAGAAGGAGAAUGCACCAACAUACGAACUCAACGACCCCUGGGUCUGGCGCGUCAAGAUCGACGGCGCCGACAGUGAAGACAUCAACAAGGAGCCAAACGUGGCUCUCGACGUCUUGGAGCCUAUGGAGAACAUCCUCUAUCUCGUCAUGACGCUCCAGCCCGGCCUUAUCCGGCUGCACGCCGAGCGCAAGGAUGUCGUCCAGCCCGGCACCAAGCAGUCGACCCGCCGAGACGACGGUGAGAAGCCUACGAUUCGUCAUCAGGCCAUGGUGGCCUCGCACGAGUCGUACCUCCGCAUCUUGCCCCCUGCCUUCUGGUUCAAGAAGAAUGCCGAGGUUCUCCGGAAGAUCCUCAGCUCUCAGGGUAACGCUGAACAGUCCAAGGAGUAUGACGAGACGCUGGCUGCUGCCGAGAAUGUCCAGCGCAGCCACCAGCGCACCGUCAAGGACGUCAAAGAGAAGACGUGGGAAGAGGUCAUCGAGGGUGCUCCCUCCGCCAACACCGAAGGUGGCGCCAAAGCUAGCGCCGGCGGAAAGAAGGGCAAGGCGGCGAAAGCCACUGCUGAGCCUGCCACGGCGGCUGUCUAG